CUAAAAAAGAUACAGAGCUUUUCUCGGCUGCAGAUCGGUACGGUACCGAGACCAACCGGCCAUAAUCAAUCCUCGACAAACAUUCCGAGCAGACCCCUUGAUCCAACAAAAAGUUGAAGAAAAAUAGCCACAGCCAUGCCGUUAUCACCAUCGCAGCUUCAGCAGCAGACAACCGCCAGUCGCGACCCCAUACCAAAGCAACCAAUGUUGCAGCCAGAAUUCAACUCCCCCGACGAUGUUCCCGUCCCUCCGGACGACGGCACUGGCCAGAACAAAUCAGGUGGCGAGGACAGCGACAAAAYAGGCAACGAAAACGAAAAUGAAGACGACUACGAACAGGAGGAGGAGCACAAUUCCUUACAAGACUACAACGCCUUGCGGAGAAAUUCUACGGGAGCCUCGGGGAGAAUUUCAYCAGGGAUCCUCAGCACAAUGGACGUUAUCGAGAAAUACGCGAGAAACACCGUAGGACUCGGGUAUCUGUCCGAUCUGGGAAUGGAAGGAAACGACGAUUAUAGUGGGUGUGGCGAAGAAGAUCGCGAUACUGAAACAAAUGUCAUCAAGAAAAUCGUGCAGGAGUAUGGCAACGUUCUCAUGAACUCGUUCGACAAUGACGAUCAAGAUGACAGAGAAAGAUCGUUUACCAACAGCAACGCAAGCACCUUCAGCAGCAGCAGCAUGGGGGCUGCGAGUUGGUAUUUCGAAAACAGCGACCCACAAACUUCUCAGCAGAACCGACCGGAUCUUUCCGUCACAAAACUUCCCUUCGAGGGCGGCGAUGAUCACCACGACGCUAAAGGCGCCAUUGGACCACAAACAAAUGAGAAGGAGGUGACUGACAACAACACYAGUGACAUCAAAAAUGACCGACUCGAAAAAAGAAAGAAAGUUCCCUUCAACAUAAAGGGACGAGGCGGAAUUGGAAGGAUCAUACACCGUAACAAAGCCAAUGGUCCUAGUCUCACCAGGACAAGCAGCUAUAAAUCCGUUGGAAGCGAGAACAGCAAAAGCUGGAAYCAGUCGCGUCACAAUCGAAAUCAACACCUGAAGGGCGGCAACGAAGGCUGUAACACGGGAAGAGACCAAAAGAUAUACAUAGACAACGAUGUCAAUACCCAGGAAAAAGGCUUCGCCACUUUUCUUGCCGCAAACGAUGCGGCUCUGGAUGCCAAUGGCGGGGCAACAUCGCAACCCAGCAACAAGCACAAUUCUUGUGAUCCCACCGGUGCUGUUUGCUCUCAGUCGUCGUUUCAUUACAGUGAAAACAAAGAAGUGGUUUACGAUCCAAAUAGUUUUGCCGAAGAGAAAGCCAUCAUAAGCGAAUCCUUCCUAUUUCGAGAACAGAAAAUAGAAAGAUCAGGUUCGAACAAACUUCCCGGCCAGUACGACAACCACGAAAUUGUAUACGACGAUUCUGAGAGUAAGUUGCGCGUGUUUAACGACCACGGAGUUAUCGAACACGGAAACGCAGAAUUCGUCCGAAAGCCUCGCAGCAAGGCUUUCGAGAGGGGCAGUCGAACCGCAGUGCAGCCCUUCACAGACUUCAGAGCAGCGAAAGCCUCAGUGCCUCAGAGGGAGAAGCACAAAACCAAUCGUGGCCUUCAACACAAGAAUGAACCAACACAUUCGAAUCGAGCACCAUCGAUGGUUCAAAUUCCUACCGAUAUCAUGUUUGCGAAGGAAAAUGACGAGAAAGAAGUCAUCUACGAAGAUGAUGCAUCGUCUGAAACCAAAGAGGGUUCGCGCCGCUCGAGAUGCAGUUUCGGAAAGAAAGAAGGUUCCGGACGCUCAAGAAGCAGUUUCAAUAGAAAGAAACGGCAGUCUAAAAAGAAAGAGGACACGAAAGAUGAAGAUAGAAGCAACCAAGUCGAGAGUUUGUACGAGGGAGUUUCCGCGAAUGAGAUUCUCAAUGACAUACGMAUCCAAGAAGYGCGAAGUAGUUACUCACGUGCGUGCCAUGACCACGGCAAAGAAGUUGUCUACGAUUCGAAUACAGAAGGAGUCGUCAGAGCUCGGACUCUGCCCAACGACAGGUUCAUUUCAAGUGAGAGMUACCUGUACGCUGACACUGACGCAGACAAAUACGCUGACACUGACGAUGCCAUCCCUGUCCAAAAGAGACGCAGCAGUACGCACACUAUGGCACGYACGGCACGUACGGCAAGACCAAUUCCAAACAUAUAUGCAAACACGGGUAGCCUCAUUCCGUCUUCUCCAACGAUUGACGAGUCUUGCGACAGCCAAACCGAUGGAAAAGCUUCAGAUCAAACACAUUGUACUCUACAGGGGAUUGAACAAACGUAUGAUGAUAGUGGCAUCAAGCCUGCCAAAUCCUCUGAGGCUGACACCAAGAAUUGUCUUGAUUAUCUCCAGUCAAAGAAAAUUGAGUCAGUCGCAAAGGAACAGAAUCGGAACAAUCAGACAAAGAAUAGAAUAAAAUUUCUCAGAAAGAAACUUCAGAAGCSUACCGAGACCACUCAAAUUCACGUCUCCUGCGAUGACGAGGACGAUCCAGGCAAGACACAGCGUGACAUCGAACUCGUUGUUGCAACAAAGGACGUCGAUCAAAACAAGUUGGGUUUUUGGAGGCCCAGCGAUCAGCAGCAGUUGAUAAAGGGCGAUGCGCAAAGGCGACCCGGAAGAUCGAGUAAUGUAGCAUAUCGCAGUACACGUAGCAAACGGACUUGGAAUCCGGAACGCCUGUUGUGCAGUCGAAARCACAAAGAGCAACGAGAAAAAAGUGAUCGUUCAGUUUCGAAAAAUAACCGGAAGCUCCCGCAAUCUUCYACCAAACAGGAAAUUCCAUUCAAUGGACCUGCCGAAAUCCAUGAUUUCGUGUUUUCGGAUGAUCGAAACGACGAAAAGGAUGCGUCGGAAAACUUAUAUCAAAAGACGGAGAACAAACUGAACUUUCCUAUGGUAACAGAAACAAAAGAAGAGCCRUUAGAGAAKACGAAAAAUGYUUUGAACACUUCUAUGGAAACAGCAACUACKAUGGGAACCGAAGAAGAUUCUCUGUGCCAGAUCGAAGUUGAGGAUAUUUCAACAAUGUCACGGCCGCUGAUUUCGACUUUGCUACGGGAAGUGGAGAGUUCACCAAAAUCGACAGAAAGUAAAACGUCAAGACCUGACCAAAACGUCUUAGAAACAUAUCCAUCAGUUGUUGARUAUGUCGAAUAUCAAGAAGUUACCGCUGGUGAUAUCAAUACGACACCAGUCGAAUUMCAAGACGAGAAGACACACGCUAACGAUUCCGCUUACAUACUUGAGGAUAUUSCAUUGGGAGUACCAGACACAGUACACCCUAAAUGUUUCGACGAAGCUCCCAAUGAUAUAGAGGGUAUCCUGUGCAGAGUGUCUACUUUUGUCGAAGAGGUUCUAGAAAAGAAUAAUUUUAAUGSAAUUGUCAACGAUAAAGAAUGCGACGUGAGCUACAAUCCCUCRCAUAUGGAAAGCAAUGCCUUUACGACAGAGGCAAAUGAUGUCAUGGAACGAUCAAUUGUUAAAAUGCUCGGUGCCCCUUGCAUAUUCGUUUCAUYUAACGACAAGGAAUAUGRGGAGACCGAAAGUGAAAAAGAAGAUUCUUUCCCAUUUAUAGGAAGUUCGAUAGCAUUUGGGGAUKCUUUGCCARCUAUCUCUUUUGAUUUAGAUGCACCUCUCCUAUCAUGGGAUCUUGAAACAGUUCUUGACGGUGAUUGCAGUCAAUCAAGAGGGAGCRAAGUUUGCGACUACCGUGAGCUGACACUUGAGCAUAGCCUCCCGACUGAUCUACCUCAGCUUCAAAGUGAUGAAUCUAAGCUGCUGCCAAACGUUGAUAAGGCGAACGGCUACGAAUCGUUCUCAUCGAUCCUCGGCAAUCUGCCCUACCGUGCCGCAAAAACAACUGUUUCGAAACCAGUGGUUGAUGAGAAAGUAGCACCCGCAUCGGAGUCCAAGAAGCAAGACGUUCCGGUACCUUCCGAAAACAACAAAAGCGACGACGACGGCGACGGCGACUGCGACGAGGACAUUCAUUCAACCGGCAGCUUAUUGAUUCGUGCAGAAGCAGCAGAGGACUCUAAACAAACAACGCAAGAUGAAAUUUACUCGCCACAAUUGCAGGUUCCAGCGGAAGAGGCCGAAAACGAAAACCCUUCGACCUCUGUGAGCCACAGUGGUGAAAUUCGUAGGACUCUUCGGUUCGUCUUCGACGAGGGCAAGCCACUAUCCAAACAGACGGGGCGAACGAGAGGGACUAACUCGCUUCGUACCGACAAGAAACGAAACUCACCACCGAAAGUCCGACGGGUUCCACAAGUGCUACCAUCAACAAGAACAAAUGCGACCUCCGGGCACACCAAAACCACCAACCCGGCACCACGCUCUCUUGCUGCCGUUACAGAAGYMAGAGCCAAGAUGAGACAUUCCGUCCAACAGAAAAGAAGCCAGCCGCCAAAAGGCGAACAGGUUCCAAAAACACUAAAACCAGCGAGCACGAAGGUCCCGAUCGCCCGAGCCGUCGACUCGGAUGGAUUCCCUAUUGUUGCCGAGGCCCGACCCAAAGCCCAAGAGGCUGGAUCGGACCCCAAGUCCCUAGAGACAAACAGGAUGGGCAAGAGCAGCACCAAAGUCGGCGGCGCUGGUAGUAGUAAUGAGAAUAGCAGCAGCAACAACAACAAUUACGUCGUCGAUAAGAACGGCUUUCUGGUUGAUACGACCACUGCCGUCCUCGAAGACCUGGAGGAGUCCUUCGAAAGCAACCAGCAGCACAAAUGGAGCCAAAGAUUGAGAACGCCAUCGCCAUCGACGGAAGCCAGUGGCGAAAAGAAUGACAGCACGAGCCAUCGCUUUGUACCGCAGCAGGCGUACUGGAAAUUGCUCAAAAACGCGGAUCCCGUGAUGCUCGAGGAAUACAGGAGACGUCCAUCCUUAAGUAAAUAGUGCAGAUCACAACGGUUCGAGUUKAUUGUGGUUCUAAAGUUCUAAGAAAAAGGCUGGCAUUGGAAGCAGAAAUUCAAGGCAUGCAAAAAGUCGGGGAGGUUUCUCCAAUACAAUGGUAUUCAAAGUUAUAUUCCAAUCAUGAUUUUGGUAUUGUUGUUAAAGUCGCAUCGGCAUAUUUCUUAGAACUUGAAAACCACAAACAACUCGGACAAUAUGUAAAGUAAAGGUUUAUGUAGAGU